UAUACACGUUUUUAUAUACUCCGUCUAUUACACGUCAUUAUAUAUUCAUUUUUUACGCAUGUGCUCAUAAUAAUUCCGGGUAUAAGGAGCCGUGUAUUCCUUAAUUUGGUCCAUCCUGAAGAAAGAACUCAUUUUACUUUAUUUCAGAAUCAAAUCAUUCUGGAUUUCUAUCGCCGGGAAGGGAUGAGUUCGCCGGAGGUGGCUGAUUCCGGUAGGUUUCCCGGCCAGAAAUCGAACUUCUCCCAGACAUGCACCCGGCUGAGCCAGUACUUGAAGGGGAGGGGUUCUUUUGGUGAUCUCAGUCUGGGUAUUUCCCGGAACUCUGAAACUUCCGGGGUUCCGCCGGCGACCCAGACAAUGAAUCUGCUCCCCAUGAUUGAGAAAUCGGGUCAUGGAACCAAACCCAUGUCCGGGUUCACUGACUUUGGAUCCACUUUUAACAAAGAUGAGGCUAAUCAGAAGAUCGAUUCAACUCAUUCAAGUGUGGCUAGAGCAGAGUCUGAGAAGUCGCAAAUGACAAUAUUUUAUGGGGGUGAGGUGUUCGUGUUCAAUGACUUUCCAGCACAAAAGGCUGAAGAAAUUUUGAGUUUGGCUAGAAAAGGAAACAACACACAGAAUCCGAACAUCUUUUCCUACAAAAAUUCAACUUUCCUGCCCACGAAACCAGCAGAAUCUUCAGCUACCAAUGUGGUGGCGGCUUCCCCGACUGUUCAGCCAAUUACUUCUGACCUGCCCAUAGCGAGGAGACAUUCACUUGCUAGGUUCUUGGAGAAGAGAAAAGAUAGGAUUAUUUCAAAGGGACCAUACCAGAUGGGUGGCAAAUUGGUGGCAGCCUAUUCCUCCAAACAAAAGGAUCAUGACAAGUCGUGGUUGGGCUUGGGAGCUCACCUUUCCAUCAAAACUGAACCCCACUCUUAACUUUUUUUGGUGCUUUGCUAAUCAAUCAAUUACUCCAAGUUUGAUGUGUAAACAUUAAUAGCUGAAGCAGCUAAUAUAUGCUUAAAAGUCACUCUUGCUUUCAGAUCUAAUGGCAGCAUCUGCUGGUUUAUAUGAACCGUCCGGUCCAUGUUCGGAUAGUUGCGAUCCAACAAUUCACCAAUAACUGGUUGUCGGAUUCGAAGACGUGUUUAAUUACCAUAGUUAAGUUCUUGAUGUUUCUACUUUGUUUUCGUAUUUGAUUUUGCAUGACUCUUUAUAAAGCGAAAGCGGGGAUGAAAUUUGUUCUUUAGAGAUGAAUAAUAUCAACCGUUACCAUUCUUUUCAAAAAGGAAAAGAAGAUAAUAGAGAAAAUAAGAUGAGAUACAGAUGUACCACGUAUUAAAAAAAGAAAAUGAAGAUAAAAUGGAAUGUAAGGGAAGACUCUAUUAACAAAGUUUAUAGAGUUUUUAUAGAGUAUAUUUAAGUUAUGAAGGGAUGCUAAUAGCCUUUUGGUGAAUGAAUUUACAUUUUUUUUUCUAGUUUAUUUCCUUUUGUUGUUUAAUGCAAAGUACGUAUGUGGGGUUGAGAAGGGCUUAAAACUUAAAAGAGCAGUAGACAUCAGACAACAACUUGAUUUGAUUCGGACAUAGCAUCAUGGUCGGUUUGGCUUAACGUAAUUUUUGUAGAGAAAAAUUUUCAAAGAAAGAAUGCCAUUUAGAGCUAGUUUGGUAACACUUGGCUAAAAAGAUUGAUUAUGUUGAAAUUUAUGAAGUUAAGGCUGAAGUAGCUAGAUUGGUUGCUUAUGCUGAUUUAUGAAAAAAAAAUAUUUAAAAUUUUUUUAUUAAAAAAAUAAUGAAAAUACUAUCUAUUAUAUAAAAAUGAGUGAAAAUGAUCAUCUACGGUAACUUCAAUCAAUAAAAACAAAAAACUCACUCAAAUCUUACAUUUUUAUCAAAAAACUCACUCAAAUCUUACAUUUUUAUUAUUCCACAAUUCAGCGCCGAAAAAAAGAAUUACCAAAUGGGCACUUUAUUUUGAAGCAACUAUUUGCAUAAUUAAGAGGAUUAAAUAGGACUAAAAUUCAGGUGAUGUAUCCGAGUAGGACCUACUUUUUUAUUCGUGAAUGGGACUUUACAUUUUAGUAUGUUCCGGAAUUGCUCUUAAUUUUUUAUUGCUUGGCCCGUGUCCAUUACUCACCGACUAGCCAUCAAGGAGCAUAGGAUCGAAAGGGGAGUUGGGCCUUCUGGUUUGACAAACAGUUUAUGCAUUGAACAAGAAUCUUAGCAACUUAUUCUGCUUCCGCUUCUUUUUUAAAGCAAAAGCAUAAUCAGAAUCAAUUUUCAUAAGCUGGUCUCCCCCAACUUCUAAAAAAAUGAUUCUAAGAAUAAAAUAGAGCACCAGAAUCACUUCUGCACUUUCACCCCAACACUCUAAUUUCUGUUUCUGCUUCCUGAAAGAGUAGAAGCAGUUUUAAGAUCAGAUCCAAACACCCCUGUCUAAUCGGCAGAAGGUGGCACACCUCCCAAUCGCGUACCUCCCAAUCGCCGGAAUCUGCUAAAUUUGGCAGGUAGCAGGUGGCGUAACAGUAAGACUGUCAAAUAAAGCCAAAGUUAACUGAUUGGAUAUUGAUUCCGUCGAUGUUAUAGAUCUGUUCUUCAUCACCUCCUCCCAUCCUCUUCUCGUGAGGACAAGGAAGAUGGCAGUGCAAAUAGAUAUGAGAAACACCAGAGAAAAUGCAACGCAGAACUACGCCGCAGUGGUGCAAAGGUGAGUCGGUGGACGGCGACAUGAAUUUCUCCUCCUCCACAUCCUUCUUCUUCUUCUUCUUCUUCUUCUUCUUCUUCUUCUUCUCCUCCUCCUCUUCUCCUCUUCUCCUCUUUUCUUCCACCAAUCUCGUAGCUUUUCCUCCGGCCAUUUGGUUCUCCUCUUUUCUCCUCCCAUCUGGUAGAGAGCUUUUGGUUUUUGCAGCUGCCCGCACUUCUCAUAGAGAGCUCCUUUCUA